CGGGAACUCAUCAGUUUUCGUCAAGGCAGAACGCCGGCUUUUAUCUUCAAUGCCCAAAAGGGAAGAUAGUCACAUGUUCGAGACUCCUCGAAGGAACUACAGUUGCGCUACCAGAAUGGGCAAACCAUGGGGAAUACUACUUAAAGGAUGGGCUCCUAAGCGGAAUAGUUAUGUGGCAUGGUGUCCUUGAUCGUCAGCGGCGGAUUCAUGGCGAUUUGGCUUGUCAUAAGUGGGGAUUUCAGACCGCGUCUACCCUAUUUCUAUCUCUCAUGGGCACUAUUGGCCUUAUCAUCCUUCAAACAUCACAUCUCCUAUUCCACAUUGACAUAAAACAGGAAGAUACAAAAGACACUCGUCGUCUUCCAUUAUAUCCAGUCAAGCUAUCUUGACACCUGACUUACAAUGCAAUCCAGCCUUAACCAGAUGAUUACUUCUUGUGUUCUCUAUUCUAGUGGUGUCCUUCAUCCCUGGUUCCUAUAGUGGCGGUAUGCUGAAGGCAUGAACUGUCACGGAGCUCAGCCAGGUUAAUGGAACAUCA